AUGGCCUCUUCGCGCUGGUGGCUCUACAUCCAGGCCGUAUUCUGGCGCUUCCUCAUGCGCAUCGGCAUGUUCCUGCAUACCCUCGCGCCGCCCCGUCCGCCCCGACCGUUAUUCACUCGGACUGUCAGCAAGGAUGUCCACCUCCAUUCCGUCGUGAUCCAUUUCUACUGUCCACCUGACUACUACGAGCAACGCCGCCUGGGCCACCGCUACCCGGUCGCCGUCAAUUUCCACGGCGGAGGAUUCACACUCGGUCACGCCACUGACGAUGGCCGCUGGGCGGCUGCUGUCGUCGAACAGGUCGGCGCGGUGGUUGCCAGUGUGAGUUACCGGCGAGCACCGGAGCAUCCCUUCCCCGCGGCAGUGGAUGACGGCGUCGAGGCUCUGCUGUACCUGGCGGCACAUGCGGCAGAACUAGGCCUGGAUGUGAGUCGCGUGGCACUGAGCGGGUUCUCAGCUGGCGGCAAUCUAGCCGUGACUGUGCCAUUGCGGCUGCGAGGUAGAAUCUCGACCGAGGUCAAGGAGUACUUUGGCCGGGCGGACUCGACUCAACAGCUAGUCAACCAGACCAGCGACCUUAACAUCGUGGCGUUGUUCUGUUGGUACCCCAUUUUGGACUUUCUCGAGUCCCGCGCCCAUCGUCGUGCGGAGAGUAUCAACCCCGAUAAGACAUUACCUAAAUUCUUCACCAGUCUUUUCGACGAGGCAUAUCUCCCCGACUUGAAUGACCGGUCUUCGGCCUUUGCAUCGCCCGUGCGCGCCUCCGACCGUAUUCUUAACGAAGCCCUGCCCCGCGAUAUCUUCCUGUUCAUCUGUGAGUGGGACAUGCUCAUGAAGGAAGGUCAGACCUUUGUGCGUCGCCUCGAAGGUCUGGGUAAGCGAGUACGAGCCAUGAUGAUUGAAAAGGCUAAGCAUGCCUGGGACAAAUCGGCCAAUCCCUUCCGCGACCAAGGCAGUGUAGACGUUCUGUACCGCGAUGCCUGCGCAGACAUGAAGGCGAUUUUCGAUCGGUGA